AAAAAGAUAUUAAUUCUUUUAAGUACACUCUUUUUAAAAAUAUACUUUUAUUCUUUCCUUGCAAAUUAAAUUCCUCCACAAAUUACCACGCAAACGUGCAAAAUAAGCAUAUAACAGGAGAAAAAACAAAAAACCAAAAAAACUUUUGAUUAAUCUCUAACAUUAUUCAACUUCCUUUCACAUCACUUUUUCGCUGAACGCGUUAUUUUUACCACAUAGAGAUAGCGUUUUUACGUAUUACUCUCUCUGAAGUUUUUCCCAUAGUUUUAUACCUUCCAUCCACACCUAGGAAAAAAUGGCCCACGUAAUUACUCGUAUUUCUGCCCGUGAAAUUUUGGACUCCCGAGGAAACCCAACCGUUGAAGUAGACCUCGAAACGAACGUCGGUAUCUUCCGAGCCGCAGUGCCAUCAGGAGCGUCCACAGGAAUAUACGAAGCGUUGGAGUUGAGAGACAAUGACAAGAGCAGAUACCUAGGAAAGGGUGUGCAGAAAGCCAUCAAAAAUAUUAACGAGCACAUUGCCCCCAAGUUGAUUGGCCUAGAUUGCAGAGAGCAGAAAAAAAUCGACAACAUGAUGGUGGAAGAAUUGGAUGGAAGCAAAAACGAAUGGGGAUGGUCAAAAAGUAAGUUGGGAGCAAAUGCCAUUUUGGCAAUUUCGAUGGCUGUAUGUAGAGCUGGAGCUGCCGCGAAUAAGGUGUCCCUAUACAAGUACUUAGCCCAAUUGGCAGGAAAGAAAAAUGACCAGAUGGUUUUACCUGUCCCCUGUUUGAAUGUAAUAAAUGGAGGAUCUCACGCAGGAAACAAAUUGUCCUUCCAAGAAUUUAUGAUAGUCCCAGUUGGUGCUCCCAAUUUUAAGGAGGCAUUAAGAUACGGAGCGGAAGUGUAUCAUACGCUAAAAUCUGAGAUUAAGAAAAAGUACGGCAUUGAUGCAACGAACGUAGGAGAUGAGGGAGGAUUUGCUCCAAACAUAUUAAAUGCCAAUGAGGCUUUGGAUCUUCUAGUGAGUGCCAUUAAAAGUGCUGGCUAUGAAGGAAAGGUGAAGAUCGCCAUGGAUGUUGCUGCGUCGGAAUUUUACCAAGCUGAUACGAAGACCUACGAUUUGGACUUUAAAACGCCAAACAAUGACAAGUCUUUAGUCAAAACGGGAGCUGAGUUGGUUAACCUCUACAUCGAUAUGGUUAAGAAGUACCCAAUUAUUUCGAUUGAAGAUCCAUUUGAUCAGGACGAUUGGGAAAAUUACGCCAAGUUGACUGAGGCCAUUGGUAAGGACGUCCAAAUUGUGGGAGAUGAUUUACUUGUUACUAACCCUACGAGGAUUACCAAAGCUUUGGAGAAGAAGGCCUGCAAUGCUUUGUUGCUGAAAGUGAAUCAAAUAGGUUCCAUUACCGAAGCUAUUGAGGCUUGCUUACUAUCGCAGAAGAACGACUGGGGUGUUAUGGUUUCCCACAGAUCUGGAGAGACAGAAGAUGUUUUUAUUGCCGACUUGGUGGUUGCUCUUAGAACCGGACAAAUCAAAACUGGUGCUCCUUGCAGAAGUGAGAGGAAUGCCAAGUAUAACCAGUUGUUAAGGAUUGAAGAAUCCCUUGGAAGCAAUGCCCUUUUCGCUGGAGAGAAAUUUAGGCACCAAUUAAGUUGAGCGUCCUCCGUACCCGAAUGGGGGGUAGCCCCGUCUGGUGUGUGUUUGCCGCCCUCAGUUGGUGCCCCCACCAGUACGUAUUGUGCAAAGGGGUAGUGUAGUGGUGCGAAAGAGAAGGUCAUGGGAAUUGCUAAACGGGAGGAGUGGUUUUUCCCCCCCAAGAAGCCAUCCUCUUCCUUUCUCUCCCCACUGUCCCCACUUCCCCAUUUCGCACAUUGCGAUAGCCCGAAGCUUUUCCGCCGUGCGCAUACCUCAGUGUGUCUGCGCUGGCGUCCGUAUCAGCGCCUGUAUUUUCGUCCCUCCAGUGUGUGCUUCUUAUUUAUGCGCGUUUAUAUCAGCUUAGAUACCCGCACGCGUCCUCACCCAGGCCUGUUGCGGGCACGCCCGAGCAUAUAUUAACAGGGCCCCCUCGCACGCGAGUCUCCAUUUUAGCCAUCCACCCAUCAGUACAUCAUCCAUUUUAACUAGACGUGUACACGAACUUGUAAAACAGCGGCUCUGAAACGUAGACCUAUUGGUCGGUUGGC